AGGCGCGCGCGCGCGAGCUGAGGGACUGGUUGGACGGCUGCCGGACGGACGGACUGCCGGCGGCGCGAAGGCUCGGGUGGGUCCGGCGGGCACCUGCCACCAGGUGAGUGUGGUCCUCCGGCGCCCGGGCAGGUUGCGGGCGACGAGGCCGUGGUGUCGCGGGGCGUCCCGAGCGGGGCCGUGGCAGACCAGAGUCUGUGAGGAAGACUCGGGCUCCUGUGGAGCGGGGGGAGGGGCGCUUCCCCGACCCCACGACCCCGCACCCCACGGCCCUUGCCCGUCCCCCACCUUGCACGCGCCCCCUGCUGCACCUCGCGUUCCCCGGCUUCGGGGAGAGCCGCCCGCGCGAAACCCGAAGGGGCUGCGCGUCCGACUUUCCCACCGCGGCGCGUCCUCGGGAACGUCGGGGCGUGCAGCGGGGCGAGGAGGAACGCGCCGUCCUUGGUCAAGGGGGACGCGGGGCUUCGCGGCACCGAACUGGGCGGGCUCUAACACGCCGCCCCGGGCCCCGGCCCCCCGGCUUCCCUCGGCCGCCCCGCUGCGGACAGGAGGGGGCCAGCCCGGUGGGCGGGAGGCGGCCAAAGCCCCCUGCUGAGCUCAGGUCGCGCGCGGAAGCCUCGGGGUGUUGGUUCUUCCCCGCCCCGCGCCCCCCACAGAAGCAAUCCUCUACCUCAGAAUGGGGUACUGGCCUCUCCCCCACUUCUCGUGACCAGGCCCGCACUGAGGUUUUUGUGGGGAUGCCUGGAAACCACCUGAAAUCAGAUUCUUCUGAGAUGGACUCUGACAUGUCACCCAGCUGCAGGCUCAGUGACUUGAGCAGAGGUGGGAGUUUGGAGAGUCGAAGUAGCAGUUCCCGGUCCAGAAGCUUCACUUUGGAUGAUGAGAGCCUGAAGUACCUCACCCACGAGGAGAAGGAUGUCAUCCUGUUCUUUGAAGAGACCAUUGAUUCCUUGGAAGAUGACUUUGACGACUUUGAGGAGCAAGCCCUGUGUGACAGCGGUGUACACUGUCACUCCCCACGGUCCUUGGGAGACAGCACGUCCAGUCACUCUGAGCUGGAGGAUAUCAUCGACUUGGUGCAGCUGGCCCCUGUGGCAGGGGACCCCGAGUGCCCUCUGGGGGCUGGACGUGUUGGGAAGGAUGACACUCCUGUCCUUGAGUGCGCGAAGCAGGAUGCUGAGAAACCUCCACCCCCAGACUCCACAGCUCCAGAGCUCCUCCCCGCACCUUCCCAGCCUGUGACCACAACCCCAGCCCCGCCCAGGAAGGAACUGCUGCCUCCCUCCCCCCCAGCAGAGCACCCCAAGCUGCCCCGCUCCGUUCCGACUCCCCUGGUCAUAGCUCAGCAGAUUUCUGAGAAGCUGGCAGGAAGUGAAGCCCUCUCCCCCACGUCCCCCUCGAAGGAGGGCAGAUCCGGAGAAUGGCGGACCCUGGCUGCUUUGGCCCCUCGGAAUGGAGACCCCUUUCUGUGGCACAGGCAUGCGGCCCAGCCUGCCCCCAAAGUGCAUCGCUUCCCCAGCAACAUUAGCGUGACCAACAGUGCGGGCAGGGAAUUCAACAAGACCAUCUCUAGGGCGGCUGUCAAUGUGCAGGAGCGGAAAGCCCAGGUCUUGGCCAACAUCAGCGGCAUCUCCUUCCUCCCCACGGGAGACAUGGGAGACCUCUCACAGAGGAGCGAUGGCGCUGAGCUUCAGAGAAGCUUCUUUCCAGAGCAGGUGCCCUGUGGUCAGGGCAAGCCCAGCCCCAGCAGGGAGGGCCGCCAGCAGUCCAGGGGUGUGCAGACAGAGCAGCCCCUGGCCUUGGCCAACGGCUUCCAGAGCAUCCACGACGUUCUCAUGAGCGAGCCCAGCCCCUUUGUCUCUGCUGGAAAGACCAUCACCUUCCGCCCAGACCCCGCUAUCAGCAGCAGCCUCACCCGCCAGCAGGCCACUGGGAGCCUCUGUGAGACCUGGCAGCCAGCCCGGGGCCAGGACGCUGGGAAGCGGUCAGGCUCGCUGCCCAGAGCAGGUGGCUUCAGACCCCAGGGCAUCACCGUGCAGUUCUCAGGCCGAGGCUCCACCGAGGAGGCCCGACGUGAGGCCCUCAGGAAGCUCGGCCUGCUGAAGGAGAACUUGUGAGGGACGGUGGCCAAGCCUGGCGGGACAGCCAAUGUACACCUUCCCCACCUCCCCUAAAAAGAGGGGUGAAAUGAAGCGUUGGCCUUAAUUCAGGGGUGCUCUCAUCCAGCAGGACGGGAGCUGUGUAGCCUAGGAUGGACGUACAAACUUAAAGAGAGGUAAUUACAGUCCCAGCUGCUGUGACCUGUGGAAGGUUAGAGGUUAGGGAUGCCAGGACUCAGUAGGCGGGGCUAAGGGAAUGAAGAAGAGUAAGUUCUCCCCCCACCCCCUUCCCACACCUGAACGGGGUUAUCCUGUAAAGGAGAGUUAGAGCCCCAUUUCUCUCAGUCUGCCUUUUUCAAGAACUCCGAGAACCAUCUUUACAUCUUGUGGGCAUCUGUGAUUUGUAGGUGCCAUGAGUUGUUUGGAUCUGGAAGGACGAGGUUGGGUCUGAUUCAACAUUCCCGAAUCUUUAAUCCAGAUUUUAUCCCAAGUACGUGACAUAAAAGCCAGGUCAGAGCUCUUACAGUCAGAUCUCCAAGAAAGAGAUUUCCCCCUCCUUCUCUAAGAAAAAAUAUUUUUAAAGCUUGUAAAUUUCUACAGUAUCUUAAUAUAAUUCUUUGGGUUUUGUUUGUUUUUAUAGGGUGAAAGACGGCACUUUAGCCCUAGCUGUGCUUUGGUUUUUAGAUAUAAUUUGGUUUGCAUAGUUUUUUCACUGAAGAUUGAAGUAAAACCUUUAGAGUAUGAUUGACUAUAAUUUUCACUUGUGGGAGUGAAAUAGAAAGGUUGGGUUGGGAAAAGGCAGUAAUUUUGAGCCAACACAUCUCAUCAGAUUACAAGGUCUUUGUUACUGGGAGAUGUGUGUAUGGGUGUGUGUUGUGAAUAUAUAUGUACAUAUCAUGUUUAUGGAUACACAUGUUAACAUGUCAAUGUAUAGGUACAAUGUGGGUGUGCACACACAUCCAUUUAUGUAUGUACAUAUAAACUUAAAACCCUGUAAGCAGCUACAGGAUACAAGGACUUCCUAGUCUCUCGAAAGGCACAGCCCUGUGGCAACGUGACAGAUGACACAGACCCUGUUAAUUCUAAUGUGGAAGUCCUUUCAGGACACAUUGCUGUGAUAUUUCAGUGAACCAAAUGUGCUUUUUCUUUAACAAUGUGCUCUUCUGUUCCCUAUUAAAAUAAUAUCCCCUGCUUUCAAAUAAACAAGAUCGUUCCUUCUUGAGUGAAGGACAUUUUAAAGAUUGAUCUUAAUGCAUCACCUAAUGUUUAGUUUUGCAUGUUCCAGAGUAGCUAGUAAACAGAAGGAAACAAAAGAUUUGGUUGAUUGUGUUCCACGAGCGAGGCCUCAGGACUAAUUCAAGAGGGAAAAACCGGCGAAGGAGAUUACACAGCAUGAAAAGAAUGGGUUUCCUCCCAGACUGUGUUGUACAUGCUGAGGUGUAGCCACAAGCAUUUACCAUCAAAACCACUGAAGUCGGGAGUCGCCAGCCUCUAAAGAUAGAUUGGGAAGGGCCACACUUAGAAGUCACGCCCGUUUGUUAUUAAGUCUUAGCCAUCACCAUAACAGAAUGUGUUUCUUUCCGGUUGAGUCUUGCUUAAAUUCAAACUUUUGAAUGUGCUGUGAAAGGACAUUUUUCGUAGUAUUCAGCUUGCCUUGAAAGUUACAGAAAAUGAUUGUAAUUUUUCCCCUUAAAACUCAUGAAAUAAUCUCAUAGAUUUCUGGUGGUCUUAUUUAAAUAGGUGCUUUAUUUUUACAGCUUUUAAAAGUAAGUACUUUUAAUUUUACUCCUUUUUAUGUUGGAUUUCUUCAAAGGAUUCAUGAGGGCUAGAUUUCUUUUUUACAAAGUGAGAUGCCACUCACAGCGUUUAAUAAAAGAGGGUCUUAAAAUUGACUAACAUUUUAAAUAUCCUUAUAUAUGAGGAUUAUUUUUUUCUCAUAUCCCCUGAUUUCGUUGUGAAUAGGAUAAAGUUGACUAUAUAUAUAUUAGUAUAUUGUUCUCAUGGCAUUUUUGAAAAAUAAAUAUUACAGUUUUAUCUUAAGUAUAAGCAACUUUGUUUUUUUUAUUAUGUACUAUACUCUGAAUUAUUUGUUUUACAUGGGUAUGUCCUUCUAUAUUUAUUCAUACUUCUUUCUAUUUAUUCACGUUUAUAUAUAUAUAUAUGUAUGUGUGUUACUCUGGUCACUUCUUGUGCCUAAAGCCCUCAUAAACAUAAGCCAUAGGUUCUGUAUGAAGUUCAGAUUAGAUCUGCUCCUGAACUUACCUGUGUCUGUGUAUCACCUUGAGGGACACUGGUGUCCUUGCAAUAACUAUGUGAUAUGACAUUCCUUAAGAAUCACCUGGUUCAAACUAAUUUUAAGGACCAUAUUUCGAAACAAAAUUGUUACGAAACGGGAAGGAUAAGUAUCACAUGCCCAGGUUGUUUUUUUUUUCCCCCUUUUCAAAUGAUGCUUUGAAAUCAGCCUCCCAUGUUUUUUGUUUGUUUGUUUGUUUGUUGAAACUCUAUAUUAAUAUUGAAAUCAGAAAAAAAAUGGUCCUUUGCUCUUAGGAAAGUGUGUACAAAUGUUCAAGCUGGAGUCUCCCCUGCAAACAGUAGCCCCUGUGGUUCCCAGGGUGGCAGUGUUUUCCCCAGUUCUCACCGCCUCCUUAUCCUCCAUGAGGUAUUUGGUUCCUGACAGAACUGGUGGAAGUUCUGAUCUUUGCUUUUUCCCCCUCUAAGGCUUGCUGAGGUGAAGAGGUGAGGAUGGGUGCUCACCAGGCAGGCUCUGGGCAUCCGUGACACACGGAGCAGUGUGCGCUGCCGGGCGCUGCCCCAGCAGGCUGUCCGCUGGGUGGGACUCUCCCUCCAGUGCUCCCGAGUAGAUGCCUUUCACGGGGAGCUUAGUGGAGCUGAUAAAUGAGUUCUUAGCAACCUUAGGACUGACUUUUUUUAUUUUUAAAAACCUAGAAGUGUACGCUUUUUAUUAAAUCCUGACAGCCCUGGGCAGUGCCGAUUCUGAUCUUUCAGAGGCUUUGGUGGUGGUGUGUUACAUUCAGGUGAUUCAAGACACCAGCUCUUUGAUGCUUAUUAAAGAGGAAUGAAGAGGGAAAUAAGAUACAUAUAAAAAUAACUUACGCUUACCAAAAACCGUGUAGCCCAUGUUGAUGUUUACCUAAUGAGGUUGGCAUCAGGAGUCACUGUUCCUCUGUGAGUGUGUUUUAUCACCAUGACGUGGCAGGUUUAAUAAACUUUGU